UAAAGCUACCAGACAAACACUUGUUCUCAGUCCUCUCCCUCUUCCUCCCUUCAUUCAAACACUAUAUUAUUACAUAUCGCUCUCAGUUUACUAUUUGGCUCGUACUCUCUGUCACACUCACCUCCUCUUUAACUAUAAACUCCACAUCACCCUCUUCAUUCUUCUCUCAUUGCCCACCUCUUCCUUCCUUCCUUCUUCUUCUUCUUCUCUUUCACUAUCAAAUGAUGCAUAGGUGUCAAGGGAACAUGGUUGGACCAUGUUCAUGUGGUUUGUUUCACAGCCAAGGGAACAGUAGUUGCUUCUCCAUGCUAUUCUCCAUGCCUGAUCAUCAGAAGUCUUAUGAAGAAACAACCGAUAUGUAUUCUUUCACGUCCUCUUCAGUUGAUUGCACACUCUCUCUUGGCACCCCAUCGACUCGUUUAAGCGAUCAAGAUGAUAACGAGAGUCAGAAAAAUCGCUGCAUGUCUAACUUGUGCUGGGACAUUUGGCAGUCCAAAGGUUCCUCAGCCUAUCCACCAACUCACAAGACCAGCAGUCGUAGUGGAAGCAACAAUGGUAGCAGCAGCACUGCUAGCAACUCAACCAAUGAUCCUCUCCUCGCUCGUAGAUGUGCCAACUGUGACACCACCUCUACCCCUCUUUGGAGAAAUGGACCCAGAGGCCCAAAGUCAUUGUGCAAUGCGUGUGGAAUUCGGUUCAAGAAGGAAGAGAGGAGAGCGACAGCAGCAAAUGGGAGUGGAAAUGGAGGUUCAUCAGGAGUGAUGGAGCAGCAACAGAGUUACAAUCCAUGGGUUCAUCAUCAAUCACAGCAGAGUUCACAGAAAAUGGCAUGCUAUUCUCAGACAAAUGAAUUCAGGUUCAUAGAAGACAGUAGUAGCGAUCAUGUUGACUCAGCUGAUCAUCAUAAUAACACAGGCAUUAAUCCAUUCCUUUCCUGGCGACUCAACGUCACAGACAGGCCAACAAGCCUUGUCCAUGACUUUACAAGAUGAAGAAUUCAUUAUAUAUAUAUAUAUAUAAAUAUAUAUUUAACGUAUGACGAUCGAUGUUGAUGUGGAAGAUGUUGUUGAUGGUGAUGGUUGUGAUGGAUAUGGUCUCGUCAAGUCAAAAAUUCUAUUUAGCAGUUUCUUUUCUUUAUAAGUAUGAUGUUUCCUUUUCUUCUCCGUCUCAGUUACCUAGAUGGAGUGAAAACGGGAUAAUUCCAUGUUCUUUGUUUACUUGGCA